AUGUCAACAUAUUCUAUACCACAUAUAAAUGAAAUGAAUGGAAAUUAUAAUAAUACAGUACCCGGUUCAAAUAACCAGCAGUCACAACAACUGCAACAACAACAACAAGUAUAUCCUCAACAACCAAAUCAACAACAACAACAACAACAACCUUAUGCAUCUUAUUAUAUGUACAAUCAACAACAAAAUCCUCAACAAGAUUAUAAUAAUUAUAGAUAUCAAUAUCCAACUUCUCAACAAUCAUCUUAUUAUCAACAACAACCUCAACAAAAUCAAAUUCCACAAUCUCAACAACCUUAUAAUUUAAAUCGUAAUUAUACAAAUGCACCUCAAAUUCCUCCAACAUCUUCAACAUCAUCAAUACCUCAACAACAACAACAACCAGAAACUCAACCGCAACCACCGCAUCCUUCAACGCAAGCUCAAGCUCAAGCUCAACCACAACAACCACAAUCACAACCACAAUCUACAACUCCAUCACAACCACAACCACUACAAACUCAAUCGACUCCAUUACAAGAUGCUUUAGUUCCAGGAGUUACAUCGACAGUUGGACAAUUCCAACCACCAGGUAUAAGACCAAGAGUAACAACAACAAUGUGGGAAGAUGAAAAAACUUUAUGUUAUCAAGUUGAUGCAAAUAAUGUAUCAGUUGUUAGAAGAGCUGAUAAUAAUAUGAUUAAUGGUACAAAAUUAUUAAAUGUUGCACAAAUGACAAGAGGUAGAAGAGAUGGUAUAUUAAAAUCUGAAAAACAAAGACAUGUUGUUAAAAUUGGUUCGAUGCAUUUAAAGGGAGUAUGGAUUCCAUUUGAAAGAGCAUUAACAAUGGCUCAAAAGGAAAAUAUAGUUGAUUUAUUAUAUCCUUUAUUUGUUAGAGAUAUAAAAAGAGUUAUUCAAACCGGUGUAACUCCAAAUACUGGUAUUUCAAGUGGUUCUGGUGGUGGAGGUUCAGAUACAAAUAAUUCAGUACCAUCCACAGCUCCAACUGCAUCAACAAGUCCAGUAAAUAAUAAAAUAAAUCCUUCAACUCAACCUUCAACAUCAUCUGGUUCUUCAUAUUAUCAAAAUUAUGCAUCUACUUAUCAACAAUAUCCAUAUAAUGGAAAUCAACAACAACAACCACCACCAACAGCUCAGUCUUCAACUCAAUCAGAUUCUUAUCAAACACAACCUCAACAACAACAGCAAGCCUAUAAUUAUCAACAACAAAAUUAUUAUCCAAAUAAUCCAUCAACAUCUCAACAACCAGGUCAACAACCAUAUUAUCCAUACCCUUAUAGUGGAAAUAGUAAUUACCAACAACAACAACCACCACAACAACCUGGCCAACAACAGCAACAACAACAACCAUAUAAUUACGCAUAUCCUCAACAAACCAGUAAUGUUUCAUCAUCAAUUCCGGUAAAUUCAAAUACUGCACAACAAUCGCCUCAACAACCACCACAAACUUCAUCAAAUACAUCACCACAAGUUCAACAGCAACAAAGCAACCAAUCGCCAAUUGUUCCUAAAAAUCAAAAUUAA